UAAUCCGACACCAUCAGCCACGGCACUCGGCAAGCGCUCAGCGGAGGUAGACAUUCACAUGUUGAACAGCGACGUCGAUUCGACCAGCAGAGACAAUCAUCCCGUGGGUCUCACCAAGGCCCAGAAGAAGAAGAACCGGAAGAAGGCCAAGAAAAAAGGUGAAGGUGGCUCUAACGUGCCAUCCCUGGGUUCCAUCGACUGCUCGGUCGCCUCUUCCGCAUCGCCAGCACUGCCAACGUAUCCGAUAGUCCGGCUAGACGAUCAAGCAGGUCACAUUUCUCCGACCCCGGCGCCCGUGGUGCCGUCUCCGGAAGCCCAGCGGCACAUUGUUCAUCGACUGCUCGAGCAAUGCAAAGCCCAUGGCAUGACUGUCGGCGAUCGGUACUACGUCGUGAGCUUCAAAUGGUGGGAAAGCUGGUGCAAUUACGUUCGAUUCAACGACUCGAUCUCUUCCCAACGGGAUGGCCUCAACGCCGCCGCCGCUUCCUCGUCGUCCUUCAAGCCGCCCUCCGUUGACAACUCGCAUCUGCUCGAAGCCACAACCCCCUCUUACCUCGUGGAUGUGGGCACGUCGGGCGCGGUGCUACUGCGGCCGCAAUUGGUCGAACAUGUCGAUUUUAUCCUGCAGCCCCAAGAAGUGUGGGAUGCAUUGGCUAGUUGGUAUGGCGGAGGCCCAUCGAUCUGCCGGUUUGUGGUCGGCGUGGGCGGCCAGUCCAAAUCAUUUCUAAAUACUCUCAAGCGCGUCGAACUGUACCCGGAUGGCACGGACACUGAAGAAGAAGAAGAGGACAGCCAAAGUACCCACAUGGAGCCACGAGAAUCUGCGACGACGUUUCAGCGCCUGCCCAAGCCCGAACGGUGUAUGGUGUGCCAUCGCCCAAGCACCCACCGCUGCGGCCACUGCAAGCACUGCAACUACUGCUCCCGGGCGUGCCAGGUGUCGCACUGGAAGUACCAUAAACCUCUUUGCACCCGUCUCAAGGCCGCCCAUUCCACCGUGAGCGCCGUCGAAAUCGGCGGCCGCCAAGGCCAAGCGGGGCUGCGUAACCUCGGCAACACUUGCUUUAUGAACGCCGCCUUGCAGUGUCUCAGCCACACGACUGCGCUGACUGUGCACUUUCUCACGAAUGCAUACCAGACGGACCUGAACUCGGACAAUGUACUCGGCACUGGGGGGAAGCUGGCCACGCAGUACGCUCUCCUGCUCAAGGAACUAUGGCUCGGCACUGCGUCCAGCGUGUCCCCUGGCCCCCUCAAGCGCGCAAUCGGGACAUUUGCCCCACAGUUUUCCGGGUACCAGCAGCACGAUGCCCAGGAACUGCUGGCUUUCCUCCUCGAUGGCCUCCAUGAAGACGUCAACCGCAUAACUAACAAGCCAUAUGUGGAAGCUAUCGACUCGAACGGGACCGAGCCGGACGCGGCGGUGGCGGCAACCGCGUGGCAGAACCACCUUCUCCGCAACGCAUCCGUGUUUGUUGAUACUUUGCACGGCCAGUUCAAAUCCACAGUCGUGUGCCCCCACUGCGCCAAAGUCUCGAUCACGUUUGACCCGUUCAAUUGUGUGCAGCUCGAGCUCCCCCAUGCUGUCACGAGGCCUUUGGAGGUGAUUGUGUUGCCCCAACUCACUCGCGCGGCCGUGCUAGCCGCUUCUGACGUGUCUGUCCUACAGCCCCAGACGUAUGGCGUACACGUCCACAAGCGAAGCCACGUCAAAGCCAUCAAGGUGGCGCUGGUGGAGGCGGGGUGCCCGUACACAAAGAUUGUUCUAUGCGAUGUGUUUCAUCAUUUGGUGUAUCGGAUUCUGCCAGACGACGACCGAACGGCGCGCAUCCGACCGGACGACCGCGUGGUCGCGUACCCGCAGCCCCCUCCGGACGCAACCUGCGUCUUGUUCUGCUACCAUCGCGUGUACAAGAAGGGUGCAGUGCCGUCGUUGUUUGGUGACCCCAUGAUGCUGCACCUGGACGCUCAAACGACGUUUGACUCAUUUCUGGAGCAAGUUCUGGUGCAACUGGUGCCAUUGAUGGGAUGGUCAGCUGCAGAAACCUCGCGGCGACUCGACGAUCCCGCCCUCCGACUCUGCUUGGCGUCGCAUAUGUACGUGACCAACCAAGAUGGCAUGAAUGCCACACCGACAACGAGAUCGCUGGCAGCCUUUGAAGGCUUUUCCAACACUGCGACGGUCGUGUCUACGCUCAAGCUGGCCGACGCUGGAUAUUUGGGCAUCGACUGGGAAGGCGACAUGCGGGGGCUAUAUAAGGCCACAGAACCAUACAUUUUGCCCCAUCCGUCACUCGAAAGUUUGAAAGCCAAGCGAGCGUCGAGUGGGUUGUCGUUGGCUGAAUGCUUUCAAAAGUUUACAAGUGCCGAACAACUGGACGAAGACAAUCUAUGGUAUUGCAGCACGUGCCAAAAACAUCGCCAAGCGACCAAAACGAUGCAGUUGUACUCGUUGCCAGAGGUUUUAAUUCUAUCGCUCAAGCGUUUCGAGUAUCGCAACGAAGUCGUUCGAGAUAAGCUGGACGCGCUGGUGGAGUUUCCUCUGGAAGGCCUGGACAUGGCGCCAUUCUGCCUCUCGACACCAUCGACCGGCCUCAUCUACGACCUCUACGCCACCACCAACCACGUAGGGUCGAUGGGGUUUGGCCACUAUACAGCGUUCGCCCAGGACCAGCAGACCCGCCUCUGGUACCACUUUGACGACAGCUCCGUCACAUCCGCCGCGGCGUCGUCGGUCGUGUCCAACACGGCCUACAUUUUGUUUUACAAGCGCCGGGGUACUAGUAGUAAUACUAGCAGUCGCCCCGCACCCCGACUGUAAUCCGCACGAGAAAGAAUGAAUGUAUAUACAACACAGUAUUGUCAAGA